AUGGAGGAUCCCAAAGUUAUCUCUGUUGGGUCCUUUGAAGACUUAAGGUCUUACUUUGAUCUAAAAUUUUCACAUUUAAAGCGUGAGCUUUCUGAUGAUCAACUCAAAUUGUCUUCAUCCUUGGUGAAGAAACUUAAGACCGAAACGAGCUUAAGCUUCAAGUUUAGCGGCAACAAGAAGCAGUUCGAGUUUAAUACUGAGAGUUUGGAACACGUCACUCAGAGUCUUUCUUUUGUCGAUUCGCUGAAAUCUCUGGUCGAUCUUGAAAACUCUGAGAAUCAUCAAGUUUCAGUGCUGAUUCUUAAGCUCGACGAUUCCCUCAACGUUGCUUCAAAGGCCAUAAAGCGAAGAAACAAGCUCAUCAGAAUAGCGGAUAAAUCGGAAGCUGGCUGGGCCGCAGUCGACGAGUAUCUUUCUGACGAAGUCGCUUCUGGUUCUGAAGACGAAAAGAAGAUCCAUGCUGCGGAGCAGAGGGCGUUGCGAAACAAGAAGAACGCUCGCAGUGCGAAGUCGGGACAGAAGUUGAGUAUUUUAUCUGUUAUUUUUAUUCGUUUCCUUUGCCCGUUCUUUAUUUUAUUUAGCGUUUAGGAGGUAUUAUACCACUGCCGACCUAUUCCUCCUAUACAAUAAAUUCAUAAUUGUGUAUUUGCUUGUGUGUGUUUCAUUAUUACAGAGUUUAGAGCAUAAAUAAGUUAUUUUCGGUACGUAGUUUAGAAAAUAAAUGUUUUUAUGCUCGGUGCAUUGGGAAUUAUGCAUGCGAAUGGAGGUUACGUAAUGCGUACUGCAUUCAGGCGUGUUCAUCACGCUUAUUGUUGGGUUGUGUUUAAAUAGGUUCACCACGUGUUGUGCUCUUACUUUAGGUCAUUUCAGUGGGUGUAAUCGACCGUCACUUAGUUUUCCUCUUUCUUCCUUUUUUCUUUACAGGUCAUUCAGCAUCCAGAGACUUCCUCGGGGUUUUCAUCGGCUGUCUCCUCUAUCACUCCAAGAAAUGUUACUAAUUUUUGUCCUCAAACGUCAAAGGGCGCCUUUGUCAAAGGCCAUUGUGACAUCUGCUUCGCCUGCGGAAAGACCGGCCAUUGGAGAGCAAGUUGCCCCAAC